CUUGUUGUUUUAUCAGGAGGACACACUAUUGGAAUGUCACAUUGUUUUUCCUUCUCAAGCCGUUUGUACAAUUUCACUGGCAAAGGUGACAUGGACCCGAACAUGGAUCAGAACUACAUAGGUCGUUUGAAGAUCAAAUGUAAGUCAGGAGAUGUGACCACCAUUGUCGAAAUGGACCCCGGAAGUUUCAAGAAUUUUGACACAGAUUAUUACACUAUGGUUAGCAAAAGAAGAGGGUUAUUCGCAUCUGAUGCAGCUCUUCUCACUGAUAGUGAAACAAAAGCUUAUGUUUUGUCUCAAGUAAAUCCCUAUGGAUCCACUUUCUUCAAAGAUUUUGGAGAAUCAAUGAUAAAAAUGGGCAAAAUUGGAGUUCUUACUGGUAAAGCAGGUGAAAUCAGAAAGCAUUGUGCCUUCCGAAACUAAGAGAAACUUUGAUAAGCUAUUUCCCUUGCCAAAUUUUAAUCCUUUUUGUAUUGUUAUGUUUAAUUAUGGGAUCUCUGUUAUGGA